CACGAAUAAUCGAAUCACAUCACAUCAUGUUCGAAAUAGGAAGUUUAAUGUGAUUACAACUCCCACCCACUGAUCUACACUGGAUCAUCCACGGGCAUCAAUCAAAACACACAACAAUUAAGACAUACGAGGGUGGACAAAACAAUGCGAUCAUAAUUCCGGAGCAGCUGAAGCUUCUAUUCGAACCACCAGUAUCAUCACUUGGUUGGCUGACUCCGGUGUGAAUCGUUUAUCCUCUUUUUGACCUAGCUGUGUUCUUUCUUGGGUGAAACGAACAGAAGAAGUGCUAAAAAUGCAAAUCGCAAGAUUAACAACUGUCUUCGGGCUUGUUCUUUGUGGUCAGCAAAUUUUGGCAGAAGAAACCAAAACGUUUCCCGGUGCCGAGAUAAUCAUCCCCGCUGUCAUAGCACAAGUGGCUCCAGCUAUAAUUGGUGCCAUCAUCGGAGGGAUUGGUGGAGGUGGUGGAAUCCUACCACCCUUGCCACCCAUUUCGGCUUUCCAUACGACAGCGGUAGCCACUUCGAUUGCCAAUAAGCCGAUCGCUGUGAGUUUCAACAGUCACAGCGGAUCCAUUUCGACCAGUUCCAGUACGAAUGCUGGUUCGCAUGCAUCGGUUGGUCCUGGAUCACUCGUAUCAAGCGCGAGCAGUGCAGGAACCAACACAAUCCAAAAUCUUUCCAAGCGGUGGCAAAAGUUCUUCAACAAUCUUCGCUGAAUCCGGUUCUUAAUUGGUUGUCGUUAUGAUGGAAUAGGAAUAACAACAAGACCACGGUAAUCCGCGCAGAAGAAAGUUUUCUAAAGCUACAAUAAACGACUGCAA